AUGACCAGCAAGAAAGAAACUUCCCGAGUGGCCAAGUUACUCAAGACGCCUCUCAUGGCGUGUACCAUACACGCGUCACGCUUCGGCGCGUUUGACGGCACCCGCCUGAAUAUCGUGCCGGCACGGACGGAAGGCUUGCGAGAACAACUGAAAGAGGCGCUGGUCCGGGAUCUGAUCGACGACGCUCCUUUCGAGUUCAUGUGGUUGGGCACUUUUGGAGCUGCAAACGCUGGCGAAUCGCUUGUCAAGGCCAUCAUUGACCCAAGCGUGAGUCUGGAGGAGGCGCUUGGGGGUCACAGACAGAGGUUUACUCCCUACUUAUCCCAACUAUUGGCGCUGCGAGGACUGAUUGCGUUCGGGGUGCUGGAACAUUGUAUGGAGAAACGGUACCGCGUGGAGUUUGGGCUUCCUGUUCCUGGCUCAGGGCCCAAGAAAAUCGCGAUCCCCUACCGCGCGGCGGAUAUUCCUUCAAAGGGCGCCCAAGCUUUGAUCGAUACUGGAGCGCUGCUGGCUGGCGUGGCAAACCAUGACGCGGCUGAAUUCCUCCUCUUACAACCAGAUUUUGAGUUUCAGGGCGUGACGUACUACGACAGUCGCGAGGCGUUCAACUGCUGGGUGGUUGUGGAGAAGCACCGACGCCUUGUGACGCCGCUGAAGAGCGCGUCGAUGCACGAGAAGGAGACGUUCGUGAUCUUCGACGAGGCGCGAUCGCGAGGAUCCGACAUGAAAUUGCCUCACGAAGCCUCGGCCUUGCUGACUCUGGGCCCGAAGCUCACGAAGGACAAACUGAUGCAAGGUGCGGGUCGGAUGCGGCAGCUCGGAUGCAGCCAAACGAUGUGGAUCGCGAGCUUCGAUGAGGUAGCGCAGAGUGUUCUGCAAAGUAGCGACAAGAGUGAAGUCUCGGGCUUGACUGCUGUCGACGUGCUGAACUGGGUCGUGGACAACACGAAAGCGGAGUCUGUACGUGGAUUACUGGAGUGGGCCGGCAACGGCAUUCACUUCCGCAAGACGCAGCUGGACCCAACCACUGAGUUGAUUGAUGAGAAUUGGUCGCUGGAAUUCUUGUACGAAGGAAACCUCAAGCCCGUCAAGCUUUCGCACGCCAAAGAGAACAAGGUCCGGGGGCUGGACGAUGCGCUGAUUGCUCGAAUCUGUGAACGAGGCGCCAAAUACGGACUGGACGACGAAGUGUACGUGAGCUUGCACACGGACGAGUGCGAGCGCGAGCUGCAGAUGGAAGAGGAAGUGCAACACCAGCGGGAGCUCAAACUGGCGCAAUACAUCCCCGCAUCGGAGAAGACGUGGAACUAUAGUGCCACCUUGCAGGCGAAGUCUGUGAAGGAGCUGGCUGGAGUCGUGGAGGUCGUCGACAUGGAGAGCUUCAUUCGCAAGUGGGUUCGGCCUGAGGCAGUCGCUGACUUGGCUUGGUCCCGCGCUCGCAUCUUCGGCACUGAAAACUUUUUCUCGACCAUUCUGGCGCGUGAAGGCAAGGAUCAGCUGAGUGACUUCCUGCGCGUGGUCGAUGUGAUGGUGGUGCUUGGUAACGGCGAGGUUCUGCUGGUGUCCGGGUGCGAGGCGGACCACAUCCUGCAGCUGUUGUGGUCAAGCCGCAGAGAUUUGGCCAAGAUCAGCGUUCGCUUUGUCAACCUCGCCUUCGCUUACAAGAGUAUCCGAAGUGUUGAUGCUACAGCCAAGUUUGGUGAUGGAAUCGAUCUAGAGCUCGGGUCCGGCGCUGGUGCUGGUAGUCUGACGUUGCUGGCGACAGUUGCGAGCCACGUCUACAACGGCGAGACAAUGGUUGCGAGAGGGACGUUGAGCAACUUUGUCAAGUCGCGCGGCAACACGCACAAGUGGACGCACUCGUUCCUGCAGGAGCUCUGCGCCCGCAUGGACCUGGACGACUGCAUCUAA